AUGGCUACGACUGACCGAGGAGCCCAGUUCGAAUCUGCCCUUUUUCAGGCCCUCCUCAACUUUCUUGACUACACUUGCAUUCAGACGAUGGGACACCAUCCAGGUGCCAACGGCACAGUCGAGCUUUUCCGCCAGCAGCCAAAGACCUCCCUCUAUGCCUCGAGGGACCUAACCAAUUGUUACUACAACCUGUCGCUUGUGUUCCCCGGCAUUCGCUCGACAUCAAGGUCGGAUUUGGAUUGCAGUGCGGCCGGAUCGGUGUUUAGCACUACCCACGGACUUCCACGCAAGCUGGUCACCCCAACCUCUCUUGCUUUGAUGGGACCCCGACGGGUCUUUAAUAAAAAUAAUUGAAUUGAAUUAGAGUUCCAUCGACUUUGCCUAUUGUUUACGAUAUUUCACGCGCACACUUUCAUCAGUUCCACCCCAAACUCCACCGAGCGAGACUUAUGUUGAAGAAGGCCUGGUCAACUGCACCCAUGUGUUUGUUUGAUGUAGUCCUGUGCGCAAGCCGCUGAAGCCAGCCUACGAAGGACCAUUCGCGUACCUUCGCGGAAUAUCAAGGCCUACCGGAUCCUUCGCGGCGACAAGGAGAACGUGGUCAGUGUCGAUCAGGUCAGGGCUGCUGUCGCAGAGGAGCCGCCGGACCUGUCUCAAGGACAAGACUGUGCUGACCCCUACCCUGUGAUCCUCUACCUUCCCUACCCCAUGCUCCUCCACCUCUUCCCCACUUCCCUACCGCCCCCGACCCUAAGUGUCCCAAUGCCAAUGACAUUCGCACCACUCGUAUCGGCCGUCGCGCACACUUUCUCAAUCGCCGCACCACUCAGGUUUAUUAACAUUGCAUUUACCCUUGUUGUCGCUCUUUGUCCGCUCUGCGUGCUAGGCUGGGAUACUGUGGCGGCCCUUUGUUAUAUUUUUGUUUAUUCACAACUUCUUAUAGUUAUUUCAUUCGUUAAGCAUUUUAUAAACUCGCAUUUAUUAACUUUUAUUUAACCUGGUGUUUGUGUAACGGUUACGCGCACAUCCCAGCUGGUGUGGGUUUCGGUUUCACCAACUGACUUUUUACCCACUGCCUCUGUUCUUCAUCGGGCGGCGAUGACAGUUAAGUCCGUUCUGGCGUAGUCGUUUUGCCUGACUUUUCUCGACUUGGUUUUAGUGUGGGAUGACGUCACCGAUGGACUAGACCAGCUGAAAAGUAUUAACAAGAGUCGGUGCUUGAGUCUACCGUUGGGGUUGGGGCGCAGUUCUUGACGUUAAAUUUCAGAGGCCAUCUACGAGACCAUUUACAGAGUCAAUUACGAUUUUUCUGUAGAAUUCGCUUAUCGCCAUCACAAUCAAUCGGCCGCCAGAUCCUGAUGUUAACUCUAGGCAUGAGUCCUCUGCGGUCCAGUCUUGCCAUGUAAUCACUGAUAUAGAACGGGAAGAGCAAAGAUCCGAGAAGCGAGACCAGGCACUGAAACGGAUUAUGCCUUGCCUAUGCGAACAUACUGUGAUUGGCCUGCUGAGAGGCCCUCUUUCCGGGCCGGUAGAUACCGCCGUAUUCGAAAAAACGGCCGUCGUUGUGGUACGCCACUGAGGACUUAUCGAAGUGCAAGGACAGAUGACGAUAAUGUUUCCAUAUCAAAAUACAGAGAAGCAUAAUUACUAUAGCAGUCUUUCCGUAGCCGUAACAGUACAGGUAGUUUCGAAGUCGCCGGCAACAACUGUUUCAUCAUGCUACGCCCUAGCAAUCGUAAUAUUUAACGCGGUGCGGACGAGAUUCCUGAAAAGCUGCAUUUUAAACCUGCCCGAGAGUUGGCCAAACCGCUGUCCUUCUUGUGCCAGGAAUAGUUUUUCCUCAGCUUAUUUGAUACAGAUAAGGCCUUUGGAAACCUUUUUGAUUAUAUGUCACUUCGGUAGAUGCAACCGUACACGAACGACGAAGAUUGUCGCAAAUAAAAUGGUACUUGCUUGAUUUAAGCAGCACCGCUUUAAGGACAAAUUAUCUUGGGCUCGCGGGCAUCCAGCCCAGGUUCAGACUGUUGAGGGAAAAGGGGGAAAACUAAUCAUCCAGGCGCCUCUUGAAGAGCUACCGGGUUCCGCCCCCAUGACUUAUUUAGGGAAAUUAUUCCGCUUUUCUACUACCCUUUGUGUAAAAAAUCCAGAGCGUAGGUCCAGUCUGGAUAAUUUCUUGCGUAGUUGCAUUGAUUGGCCACAAAGACUGGGCGAAAGAUGCCACUGAAACAUGUCCUCGAAGCUCAGUCCAUGCUCAAGGCCAUGCAUUAUCUUGUAAACCAGGGUAAGACCACCGCCUCGCUGCCUAUACCACAGAUUGAAUAAAUUAAGACAGUGCAGUCUUUCUGUGUAAGACUGGCUUCUUAAACUCUACCAGCUCCGUUGCAGGCGCUGCACUCUUUCAAGGCAUGUUUGUUCUUUGCUAGUCGUGGCCGCCACGUUUGUAUGCCAUUUUGUAGAUGAGGCCGAAAAAUGUGCCAUAAACUCUCCCAGAUAGGUCUUUGUCAAAAGUUACAAACGCCCUUUUGACCGCACAAAGUACUCCCAUUGCGUUUUCUGCAGCCUUGGUGCACUGUAAUGCUGGUUUUAUGUUGUUAUGUAUCCAACCACCGAGAUCCUUCUGCGAAGAUUCUGUGGGAAGUGUAAUGUCUUUCAGGUAAUACGCCCUCAUACUGUCAUUAGAAUUACAGUUGGUUGGACGGGGAUGAAGGACAGCACACUUCUGCACAUCGAAGUCCAGAAGCCAUUUCUCGGACCACGUUUGCAGUCGGUGCAUAUUAUCUUGAAGGGCUUUCUGAUCGUUCGGACCCUUAAUGAUUUUUCAGAGUUAAACUUCGUCGGCUAACAUUAUUUUGCCGCAGUCGAGUUCGCUAAGGCUGUCAUUAGCAUAAAGGAUGAAAAGUAAGCCAGAGAAAUGAGCACUGAGGCACACCAUUAACUACGUUUGUGGCGGUCAAGGAGGUAAGAUUAACUGUAACCGCACACAAGAAUUUCUUUCCGUUUUAUGUCAGAGGUCAGGAACUGAGAGAACAGUUUUAUUCUGUACACAGGACAGAUUGCCGUGAGUUGGCUGUUUGCUUCUGACAGAGUUAAGCCUUAAUUCCCUGAGAGCGUCAGCCACGGUGUGUUGUUUACGUGGGAGUGAAUGUCUGUGUCAGCAGGAAGGGGAGACUGACUGAGUGUUGGUCACUUGAUAAGACGGAUUAAGGGUGGAAUAGAGGGCGCAUACCAAUAAGGGCUCAUGGGUAUCAAGCCAGGGCGACCGACGCGCGUGAGGUGAUGAAAGUUUAUGAGGGCAGCUGGGAGUCACUGCAGCUGGACAGGAGAUGCCCCAGUUCUAGCCGGCGGGGAUGGCCGUGUGUCAACGGUUGUCGCGGCCAUCGACCGACAAAACAGAUCCGGAGCAAAGAGGGACUGGAGCGGCUGCCACGUUCACGCAGUCCGGCAAAUCACCUGCAAUACAGACACGCUAUUUACGGCCAACCAGAAACACCCUUAUCCAGUUGAGAUUAUCCCUCCGGAUGCUGAGGGCGCUGAAUUUAUGAAGAAGGCGUUAGUGCUGGACAGUGUCGUGGUCGCCAGCACGGACCGUUGCCAUAUCCUCUUUUGUUGUCUAAUGCGCCUGUCAAAUUAAUGCCUGGGCCAUGUGCGACCCAGCAAAUGGUGUGGUGAAUGCAUGGCAUCGAUGGACAUCUUGCUCCUCACUGACUGAUGUAGGCGAAUAUAACUCGUAUGUACGCAUCAGUGGGGAGCAAAAUGUCUAUCGACGCCAUGCUUUCGCCAUGCCAUUUGUUGCGUCGCACAUGGUUCAAGCAUUAAUUUGACAGGGGCGUUAGACAACGAAUGACGAUGCGGGUAAUGGUCCAUGCUGCUGAUUACGAUAAGAACUUGCCAACGACAUUUUGAAAGUAACGUAAACUGCGUCGAUUCUCGUGCUUUCUUUCGAUUUAGCGAACCGCUGUUCCGUUGAAUAGGACCUCUCGGUCAAACAAAAGUUAUUUUGUCGAAAACCAUGUUCCACACCGGCAAAAACUCCCUUUUUAUCGAGAAAUCACAAUGUAACUUUUUAACAAUAUUUUCUCUCGCUUUGCGAGAGAUGUGUGUCAUACCCUGUCCGGACGCCGUUCUUGAAAAAUAGGUAAACUGCCGUUAAUUUCGAUCAAACAGCGAAUGAGUGAUAAAUGGAAAUGGCCUGUCUAAUUCGAAAAAAGAUCUUACAGUGCUUUUGUCAGUGUUAGAAAUAAUUCUUGAGACCUCGUUUCGUUAAACGCAAGCAAUUCCGCCACAUGACGUCUGUUGGGAAGUCGACAAUUUUUGCAAAAAUGUCAGUACUUUAAUCAGAGAGGUUGGAUUGGCUUACCUUCUGCUCAUUAGUCAAUACGGACGUGAAAAAAACGACGAAAGUGUUCACGCUCUAAACCAACAGGUCGCGAGUUCGAGGCUCGGGUGUUCCACACUUCGGGCUUGGGUAUGGCUGGCUGACGACGGCUAAUAAGCCAGAAAUGGCCAUUCGAGUCUCCCUUGUCUUUGUCGGUUAUGCCAUUCUGCCAAUAUAUAUAUAUAUAUGAAUAAUGGAGGUAGUAUGCAUUCCGAGGCGAUAUAAUAAAAAGAGAAGGCUCGUCGGAAAAUCGAGGUAUACUCGUGAAUUUUCAAGUCGGUUACACCAACCCGUCGUCAGACGAAAAUGAAAAGUGUGAGGGAGAUAAUCCUACUGGGGAGUCAGGGGGACAUCGAGGUCACAUCGACCAGACAGGCGUUUAUGUGUGGGGGUGAAGAACGUGUUUGGAUAGGUGGCGGACGUAAGGGGUGGUGUUGGGGGUUUCACACAUGGUUCACUCUGUGGGGGAGGUGUUGAAUCCAUGAUAUUCUACAUGGCCGAACAUGGAUUAGCAGUUGGUGGCUUAGGGUGGGCGCAAGCCGGCGAACCGUGAACGUAAGCCUUCGUAUUGAGCGUCCAAGUCGACAUGGCGGUUGAUGCUAUUGCUAUUAGAGUGCCAAGCUUCUAGAAACUCUCGCGCUUGUUUGGUGUUGGCACUAGCGAUCACUUCGGUCCCCUCCCAGUUGAAGCGGUGAUCACACUCAAGGGAGUGCGCAAACACGAGAGACAAGGGGUCCCGUCGGCGGAUGGCCAGCUUAUGUUCGUUAAUGCGGGUCCCAAGUCGUCGGCCGGUAUGCCCAACAUAAACGCUAGAGCAGUUUGAACAUGGAAUGCGGUAAAUCACAUUUGUUUGCUGCUCCUUCGGUAUGGGGUCUUUUACCCGGAAUAAUGUCGUGCGCAAUGAAGACGCCGGUUUGUGGGCGAUGGAGAUGCCGAAUCGAUUUAAUUGUCGAGCGAUCGCUUCGGAAAUUCUCGGCAUGUAGGGCAGGGAAUAGAAUUUCCGUGAUACUCUGUCUCCGUUAGAGUCGACAUUUUGUGGUUGUUGUUGACGUCUGAGACAAUUUUUCACAAAGCUCGCCGGGUAUCCGUUGAGUCGGAAAAAGCGAUGCAAGUAGGCCAGUUCAUCUUUGAGUAAAUCGGCGCUACUGCAGUAACGAUAGGCCCUGUGGAAAAGGGUCCGAACACAGCUUCUUUUAUGGGCUGCUGGGUGGUUACUCUGAUAGCUCAGGAUGAUCUCAGCGUCAGAGCUUUUCCGAUGAACGCUUGUUGCGAUGCCGCCGUCACUGAGCUUUUGUAUGCUCACGUCUAGGAAUGGGAGGGUGCCUCCUUUGCAUCUUCACGAGUGAAUUGUAGUGCUGGGAAGGCGCCAUUCAAGCUCUGGUGAAAUCGCUCAACUUCACAGGUCUUAACGAUGACAAAUGUGUCAUCUACGUAUCUGAGCCACGUUUUUGGUUGGAAACUUUGCACAACAUCUUGUUCUAGUCGUUGUAAGACUAGUUCUGCAAGUAGCCCCGAAAUUGGCGAACCCAUUGGGGUGCCCUUAACCUGCUGGUAGUAUUUGCCAUCGAAUUGGCAAUAGUUAGUGAGGCAGAGCUUAAGCAAUUCUACGGUAUAAUACCUUUACCAUAUGAAAUUCAUACUACUCGUAGUACUACUUGUUUGUAGAAUGGGCAUUACGUGGUUAUUCCACAGUAGUUGAUUGUCUUCGACUCAAAUGUUCAUUGAAAUUUCGGUUCUGACCCUAAAAAGUCAUGUCCCGGAGAGUAAACUCCAAGUCCUGCACUGAUUAAUUUCUAAAAUUAUUCGCUUGAUUCUUCUUUGGAAUUCAUAUACCAAAAACCGCUAGAGGACGCUGGGGGUCCCACUGAAGAGCCGAACCCCUCGCAGCUGUCACGCAGCGGCAGAAUAUCGGCGAAACACGUGUCUGGCCUUUUAGCAAGUAUCUACGUCGGAAGUACUGUAUAAUACCUUUAAUAGAUAUAUAUCAUAUUUUAUGUUAUAUCUUAUCUUAUAUCAUCUUAUAUCUUAUAUCAUCUCACAUCAUCACUGUCGUCUUCAAGUACAAGUUUCUGUGAUAAAUUUAACAUUUGACUGAAUAUCGGCUAUCCAAAGCUUAAGUCACAUGCACUUUCAAUUUGAAUAUGCCCGAAAAAGCAUUUUAAAGGGCAAUUUUUCCAUGACAUUCAAAAGAAUUUAAGUUUUUCUUCGAGAACAAAAAAUCUAGGCAUUCAUUUUUGCAAUAGGAACACUUGUCGACGCUUCCUAUGUCCUUUUUGCCAGGUUGUUAACGUUUGCUCUCUUUUACCAUUCUGUACGCAUUUUCUAACUGGCAUGCUGAAUAUUUUGACUGUCUCCGACAGCUAAGCUUUUCCUUGCUCUAACGCUUACUGGAAUAUAGCUAUUGGUAAUACCUACACAUUCUAAAUGAGGCAGCGGUCAUCGGGUGUCAAAUUUGUACCAAUAUGCUGCUCGACGAACUAAAGUUUUCAAAAAUUGAAAGACUCAAUCCAUAUUUAAUGUUAAGCAGCCAGAUAUAGCCGCGUUAAAUGAUUACAUUGAAUUCGUGUUGGAAUUAUGUCCACUUUUCUCGCGCCUUGAUGCAGUUUCCAAAUUAAAUAUGCCUAAUAUAGUUUUCAGAACUGUUGAUGACUUGGUUAAGUUCGUCAUCUAAUUAGUGAAGCAUCUGGUAUGCAGAAAAUGAUCUUGCCUUUCUUUAAACAAAUGUUCUCGAGUCCAUUAGUUUCAUUGACGUAGUUUUGAAUCGUCGACUUGCAUGACUUCAACUAGGAAAUCGCGGAAAUAAGACGAUUCUCCUAACGUAGCAAAAAUACGUAGACCUUGUUUCUAGCUUAUUUUUCAACUUGAGGUUAAGUGGAGUCCUCUGCACUCGGCAACCUACAAUCCACAAAAUAUUGACCGCUUAUUCAGAGUAACAUUACUAUUUUGUCCGGGUUGCCAAAUAUCCGUCAGUAGGGUCUUCCGAGACUUGGCUUAUUCGCCUAAGAAGAUGGCGAAUUAUAGGAUGUGGGAUGUUCAAUGUGGUGAUACACCGUGUACGAGUGAUAAAUCACAUCUUGAACCUGCUAUAUGUAAUGGUUUUUUGCAUGGACUUUGACCGCCUUACACAGGUCAUACGCGGCUUCCCAAGGUUAUUUACUGCUUAUGGCCAUACCUCAGUAACCGCUUCGACUGGGACAGUUAAACCAGUCGAGGUUAUGUGAUUUGCGCGAAUCUGCGUCCGGCGGUCCACCCAGAUGUCCCACCCCCUCAACCCAAACAUAGAUUGAUUUACGGAAUGAGUGCCAGUGAUCCCAUCAACGACCCAGGAUGUCUGGAGCUGUAA